GGUGUUGGCACUAAAUAUUUUAAAUGCCCGCACUGGGUCACCGUAUUAACACUUGGGUACCGGUGUAUUGAUCAUUUCGGUUGGCACGACUUGACCCUCGGCAAAGGUAUAUAGACCACAGUCGAGUAAACUAAAGCAGUGUAGCCCUCUAGUCCCAUGUUCACAAACUACAGGUGAUCUGGAAUCGGUUUGUGGGACAUAAUGACUGUGAUUCGACAAUGGGUACAAAGAGUCGUAAACUAUUCCUCACAAUAUGACAGUGCAGGUUGGUCAGCUGAGCAGGUUAUAGGUGCACCUAAAGUCUACCCCAGGCAUGGGGACAUCCGAGGGGCAUGGGCUUCUCAGACCAAAACUAACAAAGAAUUCAUAGAGGUUGCAUAUGGCAGGAAAGUGUUUCCUCAAGAAAUCAAUAUAUAUGAGACAUUGAAUUCUGGUGGGACAAAGAAAGUGCAAGCUAAAACAGAUAGUGGAACCUGGGUUACAAUGUACGAAGCCAAGAAAAUAGAAUGUAUAAAAGAAAGUCGAAUAUUCAAACCCGAAUUGAUUGAAACGAAUAUUCCCACUGAUACUCUGAGAAUAGAGAUUGAUUGUACAGUUGCUGGAACAUGGGUAGAAAUUGAUGCUGUUGAAUUAGUUGGAACGGAGGCAAAUCCAGGGAGUUACUUAGACAACAAACGUAAACAUCCUGUGAUCCGAAGGAAAAACAAGGAAAUCCUUGCAUGCUGUCAUACGGGCAAAUAUACUUGUUUCAGUGCUCUUGACAUGGCUACAAGCAAUUCCAACACCAUAAAGCAAUGGGCAACUGUUGUAGAUGCUUACUCAUCUCAGUAUAAUUCAACAGGCUGGUCAGCUAACCAAAUACUAGGAUGUCCUAAAGUUUAUCCAGACUAUGGAGACAAGGAAGGUUCCUGGGCAAGCAAAGACUUUGGUAUCCAAUAUGUAGAGAUUGGAUUCCAAGAAAAAGUAAAACCUUCGUCAAUCAACAUUUAUGAGACAUACCAUGCAGGCGGAGUGAAAAAAGUCAUGGCUAAAAACCCUCAAAAUGACUGGGUCGUCUUAUAUGAAACACAAAGAGUUGAGAAAAUUAAAAACAGUCGAAUAUUUUCACCUCCAUUGAAGAAUAACACUUUUGAGACCAACAAGCUCCGGAUAGAAAUAGACUGUUCUGUAGCUCAGACCUGGGUGGAACUCGAUGCUGUGGAAUUGUUGGGGUCCAAACGGGGAACAGCAUCCCCCAGAACAGCAAGCAGUAAUUUGAAUAUCAUCCAACAAUGGGCAUCAGUUGUAGAUGCAUUUUCAUCUCAAUAUGAUACAUCAGGCUGGGCAGCUAACCAGGUUCUUGGAAAUCCAAAGGUAUAUCCUGAGUAUGGAGACAUGCAGGGUUCCUGGGCCAGUGCAGACUUCGGCAUUCAGUUUGUGGAGGUUGGAUUUAAAGAAAAAGUAACACCAUCCGCAAUCAACAUUUAUGAGACAUACCAUGCAGGUGGAGUCAAAAGAAUCCAGGCCAAGAACCCCCAAAAUAGCUGGGUCACCUUAUAUGAAACAAACAGAGUUGAGAUGAUAGAAAUCAGUCGCAUAUUUUCUCCCGUGUUAAAGAAUAACAGUUUUGAGACCAACAAGUUAAGGAUAGAAGUAGACUGUUCUCUAGCCCAGAGCUGGGUAGAACUUGAUGCUGUGCAGUUGGUGGGGACCAAGCAAGGAACAGGUACAAGCAGCUUAACACAGAACCAAACAAGAGAGACCCUAUUGAAAACCCUGUGGGUGGCAGAAAUCACCAACUACUCUACUCAGUACAACAGCUCAGGAUGGUCAGCCAGGAUGGUUGUGGGAGAACCCAGAGUGUAUCCUACAUAUGGAGACGUCCCAGGAGCAUGGGCCACCUCUACAAAAGACGCCCACCAGUUUAUAGAGGUGAAGUUUGAGGAGAAGUUGUACCUGAAUGAAAUCAACAUAUACGAGACUUAUCAUGCAGGAGGAGUCAAAAGAGUCUCCGCCAAAGACAUGGCAGGAAACUGGGUCAUGCUGUACCAAACAAAUCGCUGCCAGAACUUACAAUCCAGUCGAAUUUUUUCUCCACAGUUUAAUCCCCCCGAAUUUCCAGUGGAUGAGCUCAGAGUAGAAAUUGACUGUACAGUGAGUGGAUCCUGGGUGGAACUUGAUGCCAUUAAUAUAAAGGGUACAUCAAUGCCAAAGUUACCUUCCCUGGCCUCCUGCUUGUCAACACUGGUCAACAACAAGAUGUUCAGUGACGUUGAGAUCAUCGUGGAUGGUCUUUCAUUCUAUGGACACAAGGCCAUAAUGGCACAAAGAUCAUCUUUCUUUAAGUCCGUUUUUGUAGAUGGACAUAUUCCUCCAAUUGCUCCACUGGAGAAGCAAAUACACCCCCCAAUCAGAGAACCUGUAGUGCCAACAGCCCCACCCAUAGAUGAUGAUGCCCUUCCUUCAUAUGACAGUUUAUUUGGUCCCCCAACCCCUAACAGCUCAGCUUUACCCACUUCAGACCAGCUGUAUGGGGGAGAGAAUUCUGGUCAGAUUAGAAGUCUACCCCCUAUAUAUCCCCAAGAAACCAAACCAGCAUUUUUUUCUGGAGGUACACUUGUUCUGAACACUGUCACACCAGAUAUAUUUGGGGUCAUCCUGCAUUUCCUGUAUACAGAGGAACUCCCUGAUGUUAUCUAUGUCACCAAUCUUCCUGUAGAAGUCAGCGUCAUGUGCAUUGUCAGAACUGCUCAAGCGGCCAUACAGUUUGGUUUGCCCGGACUGAAAGCCCUGUGUGAGAGGAAGAUCCUUUUGGUGAAUUCUUUCUCUUCAUCUGACGUAUUGGAGGCAUUUCUAGAGUCCUAUCAACAACCAGGACUCGAAUCCAUUAACAAAUUUGCCUGGCAUUUCAUGCAGAGUAACAGGGACAGCAUUAUAAACCAAACCCGAUUUCUGGCUCUUCCAAAAGAGAUACAGAGAAGCCUAACCAGUGUCCCAAGGUGCUCUGACCAGAGAAUAACCAGUGCACCUAGGUGCUCUGACCAGCGAACAGAGAGCAGUGUACAGGUACAAGUGUCAUGCAAGAAGAAAGGCUUCCCCUCAAGAUCCUCAGAUAUUUGUUGUUUGCAGUAAUUGAAGAGUGCCAGGGUUAUUGUGCCAAAUAUUGGAUUUUCUGUGAUUUUUAAAUGAGGUUAUUCAAGCACCCGAUACUUUUAAUAUGCAUUGAAGAAUUGAACUGCUUUCUUUAAAAAAAGAAAUUAUUUUUUAUCUAUUUACAGUACGUGUAUUGAUUUAAAAUUAAUGUAUUUAUAGAGUCACAAA